AGUUAGAAAAAGAAGAAAAAAUGAGGAACAAGUUGGAUCAAGAUUGAGACGUUCAUCUCUCUGUGUGUAUUGGAGGAAACAGGCGCAUAACAGAUUUUAAUUAAACUUAGGAUUAUGUAAAUUAUAAAUCGUCAGGAAAUGAUUUUGCGACGAAGGAUGGUGGAAUCAAUAGACAUUAAAUCACUUAUUUCACAGAAUUUUACAGAAAUAAAAUGUGUCACACAAAAAAAUAACGUGAUGUUGGUGUGAUAUAAAGUGAUAAGAACGCGAUCCAGUCCAGAAAUCGGUAUGUGGUAGUACAAAAUACCCUGACCUGAUCGAAGAGAAAGAGAUAGGAAACCAUAGGAAACUGCAUACGUUAACAAGGACGAAUGGAAAAGAGUCAACCUGGCGAUCAGCUGAUCGCCACCGCACUGUUCCUAUACAAUUCUGCCAUGGCACGUGGAAUUUUUUUCGACGGUCCGAAGCAUGUCCGUGAUGUCAGCGAAUACAUUAUUUAUCAUAACAGAGGAAUUUGCAGUAAACUAUUCUAUUCUGAGCAAUGAGUCCACAAAGCCAUAAGAACAAUUUAACUCCAAAAGACAUGCAGUCUAACGGAUACCCUGCUGCCAAUACCAUGGCCAAAGAAGCAAGGAAUCAUUCAUCUCCUUGUGAGUCAGUGGAUUCAAUGCCUUGGUUUGGAAUGGACAUAGGUGGUACAUUAUGCAAAUUAGUGUAUUUUGAGCCAAAAGAUAUAACAAGAGAUGAAGCAGACGCAGAAGUUGAAACAUUAAAAAAUAUUCGUCGAUAUCUCACCAAAAAUUCGGCAUAUGGGAAAACUGGUCAUCGUGAUACGCAUUUACAAAUGAAUAACGUCUGUAUCAGAGGCAGACGAGGAACUUUACAUUUUAUUAGAUUUCCUACAAGUGAAAUGGGAAAUUUUCUAGAAUUAGCAAAAUCAAAAGGUAUGGCAAAUCUUGUGACUACUGUUUGUGCCACUGGUGGUGGUGCUUUUAAAUUCGAAGAUAAUUUCAAACAGGAAGUAAACAUGAACUUGGCAAAAUUUGAUGAAUUAGAUAGUUUAAUACGCGGGAUGCUCUACAUAGAGACUACGAAUCCACACGAAUGCUAUUAUUGGUCGAAUCCUACCGAUGAUAGCAAAUGCCAAAAAGUACCCUAUGACUUUUCUGAACCAUAUCCUUUCUUGCUUGUUAAUAUAGGUUCUGGAGUGAGCAUAUUAGCUGUAUACGGACCAGAAAAUUAUAAAAGGAUAUCUGGAACGAGCUUAGGUGGUGGUACAUUCUUAGGAUUAUGUUGUCUUCUCACUGGAUGUAACACCUUUGAAGAAGCAAUAGAGCUAGCAACAGGCGGCGAUAAUACAAGAGUAGAUAAAUUGGUUAAGGAUAUAUACGGUGGUGAUUACGGUCCUUUCGGUCUUCCUGGAGAUUUAGUUGCGAGCAGUUUUGGACAAAUGAAUUCCAAAGAUCGUAGAAAUACUGUCACAAAGGAAGAUCUAGCGCGUGCAACUCUUGUUACUAUCACAAAUAAUAUCGGUUCUAUCGCGCGUAUGUGUGCUGUUAAUGAAAAAAUUGAAAGGGUCGUGUUUGUAGGCAAUUUUCUCAGGGUAAAUCCUAUAUCAAUGAAGUUGUUGGCCUAUGCUAUGGAUUAUUGGUCUAAAGGAACUUUAAAAGCUCUGUUUUUGGAACAUGAAGGUUAUUUCGGCGCGGUGGGAUGUCUAUUACAAUUUAAUGGCGAAUCCAGUUAAACAAUGGGGAAACAGUCUUAUAACAUAUAGCAUUCCAUAUGACCAAUUUCGCAGAACAUUUCUCGAGUGAGCAAGAUUAUUCGAUAUAAUUAUAUUUAUUUUUGUUACAUAUUUUUCAAUUAUUCAUAAAUCUACAAUUUAUUGAGUAACAUUUAUUAUAUUAAUAUGGAAAGCUUCGAUAUUUAUGUAGUAGGAUAAGGGAUAUUUGUCAAGUGUCAUUGUAUAAUUUAUCACUAUUUUAAUGUAGAAAAAAAUAAUGUGUCAAGUUAUUUUUUUUUUUGGUCGGAGGAUAAUUAUUUUGCUAUAAUUGUUUGAUUACGAGCACAAAUCUAACACAAUUUGGUAGAUAGAAUUUAUAAUGGACCAAAUCCAAAAGGAUUAAGGAUAGUCUCUCCUUCCAAUGUUUGUUACAUGCCGCAUAGACUAGUUCUACCUCAUAAUUUGUAAAGUUUUUCUACAAAUGUGCACACAGGUUUUUAUGUAUAUAAAUAACAUAGCAAUCGUUAUUACACUUGUACAUCUUUUCUCUUCGUAAGUUUAUAAUUGAAUAAAACUAUUGUG